CCAAGCUUUAAGCUGUCCAAGUUCGACUCGACUUUCACGCCUCUGCACGUCGAUCUUCAAGUCUAUUCUCGCGUCGAUUGAGUCAUUGAAUUCUCCUAGAUCAUUCAUUUCUUUUUCAAUUGAUCUCAAUGUCAUCCUGACGUCGAAUCAUCGCGCGUGUUUUGCCCUUCAAAUCCGACGUGUUGUGUCACGGUUCGUCGCGUGCCAACUAAAAAGGGUCAGGGUUCGGACAUAAGCAGCUCUGGAGCACCUUGGGCAACUCGGUUCAACUUUACAAGCAACAACGACACAAAGUCUCUCUAAGUCGAAUAAUAAUUAAACUCGACUUUAUUAAUAUUGUUGUUGUUGUCGUUAUUGCCGAGGCAAUAAUCACUAACUAGUAAAUAAUUGUUGGUCGCAGGACUUACCCAUACCCAUUUUGACCUUCAAAUUACUAGUCUAGGCCGCCCACCGCCAUCUCCACCCCACACAACAUCUCUAAGAGUAAUACCUCAGUUAUAUGGCAGCCGUAUCUAUAUCACCAACUCCUGCUCCUCUUUCCACCAUGUCUGGUAGACGAGUUCCUCUUUCUACGAACCAGAAUGUCGCCAAUUCUCCCUUACGAAACUCAGCUCUCCUAGCUAAGCACAAACGCCCCGCCGCCCAAGUACAGCGCGAGGAGCAAUAUGGCCAGCCACCUCCUGCCAAGAAACAGAUGAUCGAAGCUGGCUCUCAGCGUUCAUUGAAAUCCCCUUCCCAGCAACAGCAGCACCGAGUCUCUAGAAGUCAGAUCCCGAUACAGACACGCCGCAACGCGAACAGUUACGAGAGCAAAUUAGCGAAGGAGAGAUCCGGUCAUCACCACCACCAACAGGCCGUAACCGCUAACCCCGGAUAUACCGAGAAGGAUGUUGAAGAGAUUCAAGUCUGGCAACAACACCACCGAGCCAGAUUCCCCAAACUCGUGUUUUACUUCGAGAAGGUCCCUAACGAUGCACACAAAAAACUGGCCAAGCAGAUUGCAGCAUUGGGUGCUCGUGAGGCGGCAUUCUUCUCUAUCGAAAUCACUCAUGUCGUCACUACCCGAACGAUUCCCUCCGAGAAGAGCGUAAGCCGCCGAGAUGGCGAGCACGCGGUUAGCGAGAAACAUGCGGAGCAUAUUCAGGAGCAAGAGCAGGAGCACGAAGAAGUGAAGACUAUCAACCCAUCUCUGUUAACCCGGCUAUCAGAGGCUUCCACGAAGCGUAGAUAUGACGGAGACCUCAGAACGCGGAAGUUGCCAUCUCAGACUCAGAUUGAGCCGCCCAAGCGCAAUAUGGAUGUGCUUCUUCGUGCUAGAGAGAUGGGAAAGAAGAUUUGGUCUUUGGACAAGUUGCAGCGAAUGCUGGACUUGCUUCUUGAGACUGACCCUUAUGUCAGUGCAGAGAUCGCUUAUGGGGCGCGCAAGACGAGGGUCAGCGAGACUCGCACCACCGAAGACCGCAACCUACUUCAUCUUCUUCAUAAUGAACGCGUCAAUGGUCCCUCUGAUCGAGAUCCCACCGUGAACGCCCAGGAGUUGCAUUAUUUCAAGGGCCCGUACAUAUAUGUGUACGAUUUCGAGGAGAAGCAGAAGCCAAUCAUGGUUCGAGAAUACAAGAAGGUUGCAGAGAAGUCUAAGGGAGACUGGCCUCAGUUCCGAACUGCUGCAUUGGGACGUUGCCCGUUUAUCGAUGAGUAUGAACCAAGAGAUGUCCGGCCUCAGCCCAAGCCGAAAGUCCAAGUAACUAGGGCUGCUGCUGAGGCUAAGCCCAUCCUCCAAGCUCCGACAAAGAUGGAGCCCCCGAAGCCUGUCACUGGAAAGCGAUCGUUAGGCGAGAUGGAACACGGUCAUUGUCGUGGUUCUAGUGUUGCCUCGAUGGAAUUGACCAUUCCAACGAAGCCUACUGUCGGCCCAUUCGCGGAUACCCGCCAGGCGUUCACUGGUCGUUCUGCGAGCCGCCUCUUCGGUGGCGAGCCUGUCGCAUCUGGUGUCCAGCCCUCCAACGUGACCUCGGCCAUUCGAUCCCAGAUGGUAUCGUCAACUGCGACGACACCAGGUGUUAUAACCGGUCUGAGCAAGGAGGUCCACGGCCUUCAACGUCAGGUCUUGAAGCGUAAUAGCACUGCGACUUCGCAGGACUUGAGUUCCCGUCGUAAUGGAGAGGCGAGCUUCCGAGAUGAAGUUCCAGCCAAACGAUCUUUCAGCACCAUGAGUCGCACUUCGAGUCGAAAGCUUGACAUGAUUGAGGAGGCUGCAGCUGGCAAGGAUACGCAGGCCGUUUCCAAGGCUGUUCCACGCGUGACGAAACGAGAAACUGCGCAACCAAAGAAGGCCGAGUUGAAGCCUGGUUACUGCGAGAACUGUGCGGAGAAGUAUGCGGAUUUCGAUGAGCACAUUCUAUCCAAGAAGCAUCGCAAAUUUGCUGACGAUGAUGAAAACUGGGGUGAUCUUGAUGAUCUCCUUUCCCAACUUCAACGCGCCCCUAAACACAAGUCUUUUGCAUCCUGGACACCCUCUCUUGCGGAUUUCGAAGAAGCUUAUUAGUUUGCCCGUAGCUCCUACACUUUGCAAACAUUAAUUUGCUCCCGAUCCCAACAUUGCUCUACGCCCUAAUUCCUCGCCGGUCGUUCAUCUCCAGGAACAUAGCAUAUCAUGAACCUGUUUCUAAUUUCGGCAUUCGCGGCGCGAUGAUACCCAUUUCCUUUUUUACUUUUCUUCCGGCUUUCCAAACCAUCUCUGUUCGAUAAGAUGAUUGGAGUUGAUCCGUUUCCCAAAAGUUGAACGGAAAAGGCAUAACGGCAUGGCAUGGAGUCUUAGCAUUUUGGUUCUACUUUUCACAUCUGGGUGUCGCACCCUGGCAUCGUGCAUUUUCUCGGCGAAGGGUGGCUUUAUUUUCUCUUCUCCCAAUCUUGACAGAUUCUCGGCUGGCCUAGUGGUAGGGGCGUUCGAUUUGCGUAGUUCUAAGGGGGGAUUAGGACAUGGACGGUACUCUCAAGUCACCUGGUUCAGAUGACCAGGUCAGGCAGGCUUUUACAACAACACACUAUUCGACACUGAUGAAGCAACGGUGCAACCAUAUGAUCCAUAGAUCAUGUAUGUAUAAGUAGUAGUCUACGAAUAAAGAAUCCAUGCAACAUUCAGAAA